AUGAAGCACACCAUCACCACCAUCCUCCUAUCGGCGGCCAUCGCCUACGCCCAGACCGACGACAGCUCUUCAGAAACCUACAUCAGCUCAGUCUGCGCCCCAACAAACUCCACCGGCUUUCCAGACUGGAACGCACCCUGCAACGCAGCCCAAGCAAUCCAAGUCCAAUGCAUGUACGGCGAAUCCUACUUCCAAGAACUCCUCAAUCAAUACGGCAACCCCGGCAAGCGACAAGCCCGCAACGAAGACGUGCCCAUGCAGCCAAACGCCGCCCAGCGCACCUGCAUCUGCCAGUCGCAGUUCUGGAACCAGGCGAACGGCUGCGCGGACUGCUACAAGGGCCACGGCCUCAGCGAAGCAGAAGCUGGUAUCACCAACAAAGACAUCACCUCGAUUUCAUCCCAGUACUGCGCCGCCAGCUCGACUCCGACACUAGGACUCGCAGACUGGCUCUUCCAGUAUGCCGACAGCAUGGCUUCGGCUUCACCCACUGCGACUGCCAAGUCUUCGAGCUUCAGCGAUCCGAUCGCCAACAAGACGGAAGUUAGCUUGUACUUCACGCCCAGUGUGACGGGGAGUGCGGCUUAUAUUGUGGCUCAGGCGACGGGCAGUGCUACUAGCAAGGUCAAUUCUGUGAGUGGGCAGAUCAGGCCUACUGCGGGUGGUCGUGCUAGUGGGACGACUUCUGGGAAUGGUGCUGGGAAGACUGAGGCGGCUGCUGUUGCUGGGUUGAUUGGUGUGGCUGGGCUUGUUGCGUUGUUGUAA